GUCUGCCAUACAGUACAACCUCAGGCAGCUGGGAGUGCAUGGAUGACGUCUGCAUCCCCUCAAUAAUUUAACAUUUUCCACCUAUUUACUUCGUAAUUUACCAUAAUGGCAGCAUUUGAAGAGAUGGGUGUCUUGCAAGAAAUUGCCGCUGCAGUGGAGGAGAUGGACUGGACAUUACCAACGGAUGUCCAGAAUGAAGCAAUUCCACUUAUUUUGGGUGGUGGAGAUGUUCUAAUGGCAGCUGAGACCGGUAGUGGCAAGACUGGUGCCUUCUGUCUGCCCAUCCUGCAAAUUGUCUGGGAAACACUAAAGGAUAUUCAACAAGGCAAGACUUCUAAGGUCAAUAAAGAAGUCUCUCCUCAUUGGCUGAUGAGUUUCUUUGACCGUGAUGCGGGCAUGGCCGUGACUCCCGAUGGCCUGCGGUGUCAGUCUCGAGACCCUAAAUCCUGGCAGGGUGUACGCUGCACUAAGGCUGUCACUGGAAAGGGGAAAUAUUAUUAUGAAGCACUUGUGUCAGAUGAGGGGUUGUGCCGUGUUGGAUGGGCGACUCCUACGGCUUCACUGGAUCUUGGAACUUGCAAGUCAGGAUUUGGUUAUGGAGGAACUGGAAAGAAAUCUAACUGUAAGCAGUUUGAUGAAUAUGGCGAGUCAUUUGGACUAAAAGAUGUUAUUGGUUGCUAUCUAAACCUGGAUAAUAUGGAAAUUCAUUUUAGUAAAAAUGGCGUUGACUUGGGUAAAGCCUUCACACUCCGAAGUGAAUUCAAGAAUUCUGUCUUCCAUCCAUCACUUGUGUUAAAAAAUGCAGAGAUGUCUUUCAACUUUGGUGCAACCAGUUUCAAACAUCCACCAAAAGCAGGAUACAUUGCAUUAUGUGAGGCCAGCAAAGACUGUGUUGUGAGCUCGGGUGUGAAGGGAAGUGGAGAGAAACCUAAGAUUCAGAACAAUGCUCCCCAAGCUGUGAUAAUUGAGCCCUCAAGAGAACUCGCAGAACAAACCCUAAAGCAAAUAACGUUGUUCCGCAAGCACGUGGAAAACCCAGUGGUUCGUGACCUUCUUGUUGUUGGUGGUAUACCAGUGAAGGAUCAGAUAGCAUCACUCAGUGCAGGUGUGGAUAUUGUGUGUGGCACUCCAGGACGCCUAGAAGAUCUCAUUAACACUGGUCAAUUGUCCCUCCAGGCCUGCAAGUUCUUUGUGCUGGAUGAGGCUGAUGGCCUUCUCAAGCAGGGUCAUGAGCGUCUCAUUAACAACAUCUACAGUGCCAUCCCCAAGAUUACAUCAGAUGGCAAGAGACUCCAGAUGGUCGUUUGUUCUGCCACUUUACAUUCCUUUGAAGUAAAACGUAUGGCUGAGCGCCUGAUGCACUUUCCUACAUGGGUAGAUCUGAAAGGUGAAGAUGCUGUGCCUGAGACUGUCCAUCAUGUUGUGGUAACCAUUGAUCCACGAGUUGAUACUAGCUGGACCACCCUGCGCCGCCAUGUACAGACUGAUGGAGUACAUAUGAAGGAUGGUGUACGACCAGGAAACAAUACACCUGAGACACUAAGUGAGGCACUGAAGCUGCUAAAAGGAGAAUUCUGUAUCAAGGCCAUUGACACACACAACAUGGACCAAGCACUCAUAUUUUGCCGCACAAAAUUGGACUGUGACAACUUAGAGCGAUAUUUCAAUCAGAUUGGUGGUGGAGCCAACAAUAGAGGUAACCCAUAUUCAUGUGUGUGCCUCCAUGGGGACCGCAAGCCAAAUGAACGCAAGGCAAAUCUUCAAAAAUUCAAGGAAGUCGGAGUGAAGUUCCUGAUAUGCACUGACGUGGCUGCUCGUGGAAUUGAUGUUGGAGGUCUGCCUUUCAUCAUCAACGUGACUCUGCCAGAUGAGAAAAGCAACUAUGUUCAUCGUAUUGGUCGUGUAGGUCGAGCAGAGAAAAUGGGUCUGGCUAUCUCCCUUGCUGCUGCUGUGCCUGAGAAGGUGUGGUACCAUGGAGAAUGGUGUUCAACUAGAGGCCGCAACUGUUAUAACACACGACUUACUACAGAAGGUGGUUGUUGUGUGUGGUACAAUGAACCACAGUACUUGGCUGACAUUGAAGAGCACUUGGGUGUUACCAUCCAGCAAGUGGAUAAAGAAAUGAAGGUUCCAGUUGAUGAAUUUGAUGGAAAAGUGACUUAUGGUGAAAAGAGAGCCCAUGCAGGCUCAGGCUAUCAGACACAUGUGGAACAACUUGCCCCAGCAGUACGGGAGUUGGCACAUCUGGAGAGUCAGACACAGAUCGUAUACCUUAAACGACAGUAUGGCAAGGAAUACCCUUGGACACGAUAGGUUAAGAUUUAUAUACAAUUACUCGUUUUCUGUGUUCACUGCAACUGUAUGCUGUACAUUGUGCAUAAAGUUGGCAAGAAUUAGAAAAAUCAGUUAUUUAUUUCAUAUGCUCAUGGAAUAUGGGCUCACAGCAUACAGUAUGCAAAAAAUUUUCCUUUGAUGUAUAACUUAAAGAUAAUGCUGAUGUCUAAAUACAUUGGCUUCAAGCAAAUGUUCAUGGUUUGUUUUGAAAUAGGCUCACAAAGAGAUGUUUUGCAUUUAAAGUUAGCCUCUAAUGAAAAAUUGGGGUUUUGGUCCAGGUAACCCAACAACAUUGUGUAAUGUUAGUAGUGGUUAUUCUGUACUAACAUAUACUAGUACAGUAUAUGAGAAAAUGUAACCAGGAAUGGGGACCUUUAACCAAAAGAUAUGCAGCUGAAACUUUACAUGCAAAUGUUGUAAAACAAUAUAGAUUUUCAUGUUUGAUUAACCAGUGUUAUCAUUAUCAUCAUCAACAUUUUAUGGCCAUUUUCAAUGCUUAUGUGGGUUAGCCACGAUUACCUGAUAGCAGCUUUUCGUUGCAUGGUCUCUUAUAGUCUCUCUUGUCAGAUUCUUAGUUCUAAUGCCAUUUCUUACAACCUCUUCUCAUGUCAUUCUUUGCCUACCCCUGGCUCUCCUCCCCUCCACAUUUAGUCUCAUGCAUGUUUUGACUUAAUUACUCUCAUGUACUCUACCCACAUGCCCAAAUCAUCUCAGCCUACACAGAACUUUGCCAAUACUAUUAAUAUCCAGCCCCCUCUUAACUCUGAACUGGGCCUCCUGUCUUUUAGUGUCACAUUGCACAUCCAUCUCACAAUUCUCAUUUUGGCUUGCUCAAGCCUGCCUAUGCAUCCUCUUUAACUGCUCAUGUCUCACUGCCAUACAACAUCAUACUUCUCAUGUAAGCUACAUACAUUCUUCCUUUCAUGAAAAAGGAAGGACCCCUUACUGUCAGGAAAGGCAGCAGUCACUUCAGAAUCUUGCAACUGAAUUGGCUUCAGAACCCCCCACUGACACUGAUUAUGUUACCCAGGUAGCAUAAUUUAGCAACACAGUCCAGGGAUAUAUCCCUAAUGUUGAGUUUUUCCAGCCUUGUUCAGACCACAUGGUUACCUGCAUGUACAGAAUACGUAUUUAGAAACAUCCUGCAGUCUACCAUCUACUCCACUGCACCUCUUGUGUACCCACCUUCCAUACUUAUUGCACAUAAUUGAUUAACACUUCAAAAUUUAGUAAAGUGAGCUACUCUAAUAAACUCAUUAUCUUAUGAAGUAAGUUAAUCUCUUAUAAAUAUAGUUUAUUACCCUCUGGUAGUCCUUGCAAAGGCAACAAGACCUUUUUGAAAGCUCAAAGCCAUAACAAUAUUGCUAUAUAAGCUGGCAUCUAACAGUUAAUGUUUCUUCUAGUCAUCUAUGUUGGUACAGGUAUCAGGUCUUUGCGGCAGUAAAAUGAGUUUCGUGCAUAUGGUGUUAUCUACAAGUCAACUUUUUAAAGGCACUACAUCUUGAGGAUUGAUGGAGUAUCAUUUUAAUCAACUACAUUUUAUUAUUAUAAUUCCAGCUGAGUGAGAGAAUAUUGUAAUUGUUUAAAUGAGUCACUUAAACACCGCCUUACUAUCAAAGCCAAAGUCAUCCAUGUAUGUUAAAGCUUACACAAAAAAGUAAAACCAGAGCAUUCACAGACUUUAUUAUGACAGUGGUUGAGAUUGCUGGAUGUUUUGAAAUUUCUUCAUUCGGUGUCACUUGAAGGUAAACGAGAGAAAACAACCUUGGAAAGCUAAAAGCCAUAGUGUGUAACAUUUUUAUCCUAAUCUAAAAGCAGUAGGAACAUGUAAUGCAUUAAUGGAAUGUAAACACAUGAUGUAAGACAAUAAGUGUAGAUUGCAGGAGAAACCAAAUUAAUGUAUACACUAUUUAAGUUAGCUAUAGACAAGUAAUUUGCUUUAGAAAUUCUCAAUUAUUUUCUUGGGAGUAAUUUAAAUAUGUAUUUCAAUGUGAUCUGAGUUUAGAAUGAACAUAACCAGAAAAAGGAGGCUUGCUUGAUAGAUGACUUUUGACCUCUUUAUGUUAGUGGCCCAGCUUGGCAUCGAGACAAAUCUGUGAACAGUUGAUUUGGGGAUGGCAGUUAGCAUUUGGUUUUUAAACACCAUGCCAUCAGGUAAUCGUGGCCAACUCUUGCAAACAUGGGAAAUGGCUGUGAAACAAUGGUAAAGGUGCAACUUGAAUUUAUAGUAACAAAAAUAAAUUCUGUCACAGGGAAGAUUGGUUUCUGGAAAUAUAAGAGAAAGCUUUCCAUCAGCUCCAUUUCUUAAGUAAACCAAGAUAUAAUACUGUCCUCCCUAUUAGAAAUAAUACUACUGUAUUCUGAUGUUGGCUGAUUGAUAUAAGUUAUAAAGUGAAUACAGUAGUGUGAUUUUCUUCUCUGAAAAUAAACACACUUCAUUAGUCUUCUCUAAAGGUUUUCAUUGGCUGGGAUAAUUACCCAAAUACAGCUCUUCAUGAAAACACUGUUAUUCUCUUGUACAUAGUGCAUGUUCUAUGAUUUUCAGGGAAUUUUGUCUUGUUUUAGAUUCCAUUGAUAAAGACAUGAAAAAUAUUCAAACAUCUGGCCAUCACCUUAGACAAAAAUGUAUGUGACAGCACUGGUGUUUCACUUUUCUAUGUAAACUUCUACUCUCUAAACAAGAAAAAUAAGUCUUUUCAUUUAAAUGCUCUCCAGGUCACUGUACUUUGAAUACACCAGUGUUAAUAUAUAUUGAGGAUAUAUAUCUUAUUACCUGUAUUUGCUUCAAAGCUGAUUACAAUUUGGCAAAUGUUAUGAGUUUAUCCAUGUGUAUCCAACUCAGGUGUUCUGCUUGAUUGGAAAACAAUAAAAUUAUACAUUAUUA